AUGGAAAUAUAUAGUAAUCCAUUUGCUUUGGACGUGGCUAUUGCUUUCCACGAGAUAAUGUUGAAAACGAAUUUUAAUAUUGCGUACCUGUCCAUUCAAAAUUGCAACUUCCCGAAGACGAUAUCCAUUGUCUUUAACACAGAUGCGCAUUACAAUAGAUACGACAAACGGUCUGAGAACUGCGUGGACAUAAUUGAUUUGUACGAUGCCGUUGGAAACGUGUAUAGUUUACAAGACGAAGGAGAUUGUCAAGAAUUGGAAUAGAGAAUCGUGAAUGAACCUGAUUAUUGAUGAUAUUAUUGUAAUUGAAUAAUAUAUAUAUGUAUAAUAUCCUGACCAAAAUGAUAUUACGCAAGUAUCAAUGCAAUAUUUAUGAUACAUUUUAGAUCCCGAGCGUAGCGUGGGAGCUAUGGUUUUACAAUGCUGUUUAUUAUUAUUAUUUUUUUUGUU